AUGUACUCUGAGCUUGUCGAAUCGCAGCGUGAAUAUUUCAAAUCCGGGGCUACGCUAUGUUUGGAAAAGCGGAAGGAGACGUUGCAAAAGGUGAAAGAGAUGCUGCAGGAGAAUAAGGAAAAGCUGUCAAAGGCCAUUUAUGCAGAUUUGCAUAGGGAUGGCGGUUUAGAGGUAGAUAAGACUGUAGAAGAAGCUGAUUUGGCUAUUCGGAAGCUGGAUGAAUGGGCAAAGCCGAUCCCGUUCGCAAACGGCGAGCGAUUUGUCGAUGGAGAAGACGAUCUAUUUAUGGUACCUGAACCGCUUGGCGUCGUGCUGGUCAUUUCUCCAUGGAACUACCCCUGCAUUUGUUCGGCGCCAUUCAUCUCUGCGCUGGCUGCUGGAAAUACUGCGAUUCUCAAACCUUCCGAAAUUGGCGCACAUUUCGCUGCUGCUAUUGCCGAAGCUGCUGAGGGACGAUUUGAUAAGAGAUUAUUCGCGGUCGUCCAGGGCGGCGUACCGGAAACGACCGAAUUGCUGAAGGAGCACUUCGAUCAUAUUUGCUAUACCGGAAAUCCAGGAGUGGCCAGAAUCAUAAUGGCGGCCGCGGCAAAAAAUCUCACGCCGGUUACUUUGGAAUUGGGUGGGAAAAACCCGGUUUUGGUGACGGAAACGGCAGAUCUCGCCGAUGCCGCAAAGAAGAUUGUUGUCGGAAAAGUGGCGAAUUGCGGGCAAAUUUGCUUGGCGCCGGAUUAUAUCCUGACAACCCCGGAAACCAAAGAUUCCUUGGUGAAAGAGCUUGUGAACGCUUUUGAAUCUUACGGCACCCUUGCUGCUAAUCAAGAAAAUGCACGUAUCGUCAAUCAGAACCACUACGACCGCCUUAACCGUGUGCUUGGCGCAUCGAAAGGCCAUGUCCUCUAUGCAAACCAAGAAAAAGCCGACCGAGAGGAAAAAUUCUUCCCGCCACGAAUCCUGGAGGUCGAGGAUGGGGAUGCCUUGCUCAAGGAAGAGCUCUUCGGACCCAUUCUCCCGAUUCUAACUGUUGAUUCGUUUGACAAGGCUGUGCGUUACAUUCAGGACCACGACAAGCCGCUUGGAGCUUAUGUAUUUACUAAGGAUGAAGAGCAAGCGAAACGAUUUAUUAAGCUAACGUCAAGUGGUGGAGUGUCGGUCAAUGAUGUGAUGAUCCAGGGCUCAACUCGCCUAAUGCCUUUCGGUGGUGUCGGCAACUCCGGAAUGGGCCGGAUCAAAUGCGAAUGGGGCUUCAGAACCUUCUCUCAUGAAAAACCAGUCGUGAUCAGAAACAAACUCGGACCGAAGGUCAAACCACUUGUCGGAUUC